AUGGAAUGCGCCGAUUUGCCGGAAAGUAUGCGCGAACACAUGAUGAACUUUUUGACGCAGAAGGAAUCGCGAUAUUUGCGGCUGAAAAGGCAAAAAAUGAACAAGAAUAUGUUUGAAGUUGUGAAGCAUAUUGGUUUUGGAGCAUUUGGACGCGUCUCCCUUGUCAAAAAGGUUUGCUGGUUCUCUUUUGUAAUGAAAUAG